CAUCAGCGGCAUCCCUGUUUCUAAUCAAUCAACCUGACUUCGGAGCUUCAACACGGCAACCACUUUCCAUCACAUACCCCUUCUCGACUCCUAUCAUGAGAUUGCAAAAGUUUGUAUCUCGAUAGUACCGAGAUACUGGUACGGUUCCCUUUUGAGUCACCGUAACAGUGACACCGCGCGUGCCUGAAGUCACACCUGCAGCACGCCGGAGGCUGAGACGACCGGUGGCUUGCACAGCAUGAAGGCUGAGGACUAUAUCAAUUGGCUGCCAAGACUGCACCUUCCCAUGAAAUGUAACGGCCCAUAGAGUUCGUCCCGGUGAAGAGUCAUCAGGCCUCUACAUAUUGCUAUAUAUUACUCCCUUUUCAUCACUAAUUCUCAGCUAUUCUCUCACGACUUUGAUGAUCAGAGAACCCGCAGCUAUGGCCUCAACAAUACCUCAAGUUGAGACAGAUGAGCCCAUCUACUUCUGGCGCGAACACAGCUCACCCCACGGCUACAUGUCCCAAUGGUACCACUCCCCCUUCACCUGUCCCUCCACAACCACAACCUACAAAACGGCCGAACAAUACAUGAUGCACCGCAAAGCGCUGCUCUUCUCGGACCCCACCAUCGCUGCUCAAAUCCUGACAACCACUUCCCCCAAAGCCCAGAAAGCGCUGGGACGGAAAGUAAAGAAUUUUGAGCAGAAGGUGUGGGAAGAGGAACGGGAACGCAUUGUGGAGGAGGGGACGUGGUUGAAGUUUCGGUAUGGGGUGGAUAGGGGGGAAUUGGAGGGCGAGGGGGUUAGUUUGAGGGAGAGGUUGGUGGGGACGGGGGAGAGGGAGUUGGUGGAGGCGAGUCCGAUGGAUAGGAUUUGGGGGAUUGGGUUUACGGAGAAGAGGGCGGGUGAGAUGAGAGAUAAGUGGGGGAUGAAUCUUCUGGGCAAGGCGUUGAUGAAGGUUAGGGAGAGAUUGAGGGCUGAGGAAGUGGGGGAUGGAGAAGAGGAUGUUAAGAAGGAUGGCGAGAAAGAGGUGGAAAAGGCUCCCGAGUUUCGGGCUGGGAAGGAUAACGAAGUAAAGGAAAAUGAUCAUCAUGGUCAAGAUGAAGAAGAGAGACCGAAAAAGAGAACAAGGAGUGGCAAAGUCUGAGUGAUGAGGGCUCGUUCGACAAGUUUCUCUAUCAUACUAACUGUUGAUGGUGUCACAUAGAUUGAUCACAUUCAAGAAUGCUAUUGAUGAUUGUCUUGUAUUGGUCUAUUAAAUCCUAAUAACAAGCAAUCGUGCCAUCAACUGAUGACUAUUCUUCCGCUGAAUAUCUCAAGAGAGUAAUCUCAACUUGCUCGAGA